CGCCUCUGCUCGCGGAACCCGGAAGUGAACGAGGCCGAGGAGAGGGGACGGCCGUUUCUGUGGCAACAGGAUCUUGCUGCUCAGGGCUACCGAAGGAGAUGGAAGAACCCGGAGCUUAUAGGUGCAUUGAGUGCAGUAGAAAGGCUCCUGAGCUGUACAAGGAUUACCAGCGUGGCGUGCUGCGUAUUUCUAUCUGCAAAUCCUGUCAGAAACCAGUGGACAAGUAUAUAGAAUAUGAUCCUGUUAUCAUCUUAAUUAAUGCUAUCUUAUGCAAAGCACAGGCUUAUAGACAUAUACUGUUCAAUACGAAGAUAAAUAUUCAUGGGAAGCUUUGCAUAUUCUGUUUGCUUUGUGAGGCUUAUAUCAGAUGGUUGCAGUUACAGGAUUCAAGCCAAAGCACUGAACCUGAUGAUUUAAUUAGAUAUGCCAAGGAAUGGGAUUUUUAUCGAAUGUUUGGGAUAGCAUCUCUGGAACAAACUGCCUUUUUGAUUGGCAUCUUCACUGCUUUGUGGCUAGCAAGAGCUGUAGUCCUGACAACCAAGGCAGAUUUCACCUUUCUUCUGAAAGCAUUGCUGCUAUCCAGCUAUGGAAAACUUCUGUUGAUUCCAGCUGUUAUUUGGGAACAUGACUAUACUUAUUUGUGCCUCUUGCUCAUUAAAGUGUUCGUCUUGACCUCAAACUUGCAAGCAAUUAGAGUUACCUUGAAUACAAGCCGAAAACUUUGUCUGGUGGCUAUUGUGAGUGGAUUAAUUUUUGAAAAUGCUAUCAUCAGCUUGUUCCAGAGGAUAGGAUGGAAUGUUUGAAGCAAUCUUGAUUUAGUUUGUUUUAGGUGGAAUUACUUGAAGAUAUAAAGGAAAUGAUGUUUUUUGAGUAAUUUAUUUUGCCACUGUUUACUACCUGUUUGUUAUAAAUGCAGUGGUAAAGAGACAAUGAACAUAAAGAAAAUGUUCCAUGCUGAAGAGGAGAUAGUAAUAUGAAGAGUGCAAUGAUGCACUGAUGGAAUGUAGUUAGUUCUAUAACGUACUUCAGUAUUUUUAUUUGUCAAAAUGUAUUGGACUGGUGGUACUGCUGUCCUAGAUAUUUAUGGAUCCAGUUUUGGUCCAUUUUUCUACUACACUGUUUAGUGUUUUGUAUUUUAAAAAAAGCCUGAUUAGUAGUUUCAUUAUGGGGGGGAGCAUAUGUGGAAAUGGAGACAAAAUGAUAUCCUAUGACACCUCGUCUGACCACCUUUUGAAAGCGGUUACAUCAGAAUGAACAGCAAACCAAUGACAUGGCAUACUGAUUGCAGUAAAGUUAAGGCUGAAAUCCUCUACCUACCUACGAGUAAGCCCCAUUAAAUUUGGUGGGGCUAACUUCUGAGUAGACAGGUAUAAGCCUGGAGCACUUGCUUCCUUUGCAAGGGCACUACUUUAAUAUUGCUGGCAGCUGCGCUACUUAUUUGAGGGAUAAUCACAUUUUAAAUUUGAUGUUGAUACAUACUCAAAUAAUAAAGAUGCUUUGUGGGCUUCA